AUGGACCAUGUGCAACCUUCUCCACGGCAUGGGACUACAUGGUUACUAGACAACGAGCCGUGCGACUUUGACAUCUACGACAUUAGCCAUGACUGUCGCACAAUCGACCACUUCAGCCUUGUCACUCAGUACUUCAGCCGUAGCGACCUCCAAAUGGCGCUGAAUGUGCUUCAGCCUCAUCUCCAACUCCUCAUCCAACAACUAGCCCUACCAGUGGCGGCCCUCCAGCACCGUCACUAUACCCACACUCGGCCAACCCCCACAGCCCCCGUUUACUCUAUCCUCCGGGACUUAAUCGCAUCACACAACAUCUCCCUCCACCUCUACUCCGGCGAGUACGACAUGCUGAUCAACCACUACGGCGCGGAGCUCACCUUGCAAAACAUGACGUGGAACGGCGCUCAAGGCUUCUCCCCUUCAAUAAACCGUGCUUUUUAUUCGGACGACGCCGCGCCGGCGCUUUCCGCCUCACAUGCCCGCGGAGUUAGCAGCAACGGUGCGCACAAACACAACAACAAAAGUCCAUUACCAGAAGCCGGGAACUGGGUUUCCGACCGCGGUGUAACGUACCACCGGUUCAAGGGUGCGGGUCAGUGUUCUCCUCCACGUGAGAUGUUUGCUUAUAUGCGGGACGUCGUUGUGGCCGGUACGGUGUAG